GUUGGAGAGUUCCGCGCCAAACGUAUAGUGACAAACAACGAAAUUGAACACAAUAAUUCCAAUUUGGUUUGUCCUACGAAGUUGUACAAGCAUUGAAGGGGAAUAUACACAUAAUAAACUCACACGUACCCAGUAGCAAGCGUAGUGCUGCAGACAGAGAAACAUUAGGUGAUCUUUGUUGUUGCGCCACGCAUACAUACACCCAACAUUGAACACUUCAAGUUGUUUUCUGCUCCAACUAGAUUUGGCCUGAGUUAUACGGAUACGGUUACGGUUACUAGCCACGGUAUAAGUGCAUCUGUAACGCACCUACCACCUAAACAUCGUCAUCACAAUGCGUCGCGCUUCCACAGACCUGACCGACCCCUCUCGAAACCUGGAGGAAUCGAUGGGCACCCCAGAUCCGACAUCCAUAGAUUCUGAUCUAGAUAUGACUUUAAUCAUAGAAGAGGAAGGGAGUAGGAUAUAUACCCCUCCUCCACACAUUGCCGCCCGAUUUUACCGACCUAGUCAGAUUCGUCGAAAAGACUCGGCUGCCUCUUCUCGUCGUAAUUCGAUAUCUUCUGCCCACUCGCGAUCCUCGCACGGCUUUGGUCACCAUGGCGAUCCUCAGAGUAAAUACAUUGCUCAACAACUUCGCCGUGCCUCCAUUCUUGAAGACCGAAAAGCACGCCUGGCCGACAGAGCAGCGCAUGCCGAAAAGGUGCGACUAAGAGCAGCUUUGGCUAAGGCUUCUCCGCAGAAAAGCUCACACUUGGAAGAGCGUGCAUUGGCUGCUGCGCAAGCGCGAGAGAAGAACCUAGCUGAAAUUGUAGCUGCAUGCGCCGAGGAGGUCAAGCGGGCCAAGGCAGUAGCCGAAAGCAUGAAAGAAAAGAGAGAGAUCGAGCUGCGCAAGCUCAAAGCACAGAUGGAAGAGCGACUAGCAGAGGCUGAGAAGAGGAGAGAGGAAUUACGCAGGCGACACACCGCUAAAAGAUCCAGAGGCCAUAGUGUAACAACCAAGAAGUCCGAAACAGGCAGUUUGUCGGGAGAGGAACAUGAAUCCUCGAGCAUGAGUGAUGUUGUAAUGAUGAGUGAUGAUGUGGCGGCAUCUAAGAUCCAGUGGUGGUGGCGAGGAGUAUUGAAAAGGAAAGCAGUCUGCGAAUUCUCCGAGCUUGGCUUGAACAUUGAUGGGGUCAGAGACACCUCAUUCGAGCAAGUGACUGAACUUCUCGCUCAAGAGAAAGUCCUCGUGCUUACAGCAAGAAUCCUGGGUAUAUGUGGCCUACGAGAGGGCGAAAUCGGAUCAGUUGACGAGAUGACCGCUGUCCGCACCUUCUUGAGUGCCUUCUUAAUUUUAGGCCAUCCUACCCAGGUCCUGAGCAACAAGGAUCACAGGGGGGAACAGGAGCAGGUUGGACCCUCUCAAGGGCAUCCCAUUCCCCAUGAUGAUCUAGCUAAUCCACAGUUACAGGAUCUCGUCGCUAAAGCACGAGAUUUGCUGAUCUGCUUUGAGAACAUCCUUUCUCGGCUAACGUCUAUGAACAACCAUACUACACCACCCGCAUUACAGUCGGCUCUCCCAGAAUCGUACGCGACGUUUUACAAUGCUUUCAUAGCGUGGAAGGCCCGUGAUUCGAAUGCGUUGGUCGAAGUGAUGAUUUUACAGUUUGUGGAACUCGACGCGAUACUCCAGACUGUUAAGGACCGUACUGAAGAAGUUGUCACUGAUUCAUAUCGACAAAGCAUCAAGGACAAUCAACUUAUGCUGAUGGUCCGGAUCAAGAGACUUGCCGGUGCUGAACAAGGAAAGAAAAUGAUAUUUGAGGCCGUCAAGCAAGCAAGGAAGGCUAGGGCAGCCAAGAAGCCUGCGGGUGAUAUGAAACCUAGAGUUGCGGAACAUUCUUUUAGAAAUGACGACUCGGUUGGAGACCAUGUAACAGCAGAGCACGUUGUCUCGUCACAACUUCAGACGCUCACGCCGCCGCCGACCCCCUUAAGAGAAAGGGAAAUGAAGCAAAACAUACCUCAACCAAGCUACCCACCGAUACUUCCAGAUAAUCGAGUCAUUGUUCACGAAUUAGCUAUCAAUCGUGAAUAUCGCAUCGAGUAUGAGUACUUUCAGGAGCAACACAAGCUCCGUAUGGAUCCUCUCUUGAACGAUCUGAAAGCUGGCCCAAAAAACGAAGAGAAGGAGUUCCACUAUCUCAUUAUAAUGGCCAACUAUAUCAAGGAUAGACUUCAGCAUUUGGUCAAGCCCGGCUCGUCUAUGUAUACGUUCAUCGGCGAAAUUCUCGAUACAGAGGUUGCUCAGCGACAGUUCAUAGCUGGCAGUUUUUCAUUUCAACACUUCUUUUCAUCCAUGGGAUCUCUUCUUCCUAAGCUUUGUGCGCCAGUUCGCGACGACGAAGUUAAAGAUUUAGUUGAAAAAAGGCUUAGCCAGGGCGACGUCGUCAACCGACUCGAGGCCCUUCUCUCAUUCAUUGAUACCAUGCUCUAUGACUACGCGAACUAUAUGUUGCAAGUCGCAGCACCAAGUCUCCUAGAGCAUGCAUCUGCUUACGAGACGAAAAGGUUCGCCGAAGAACUAGAUAGUGGCUCCAUCACAUUAUCACGUGCAGAAACCUCGUGGCGAAAUGCACGCGAUAAGAUCCACGCGGAAGUGGCACGCCGAGACCCUGAGGGCAUCAAUCAUCCACGCUCACGGCCCACUCCGGAUAAGGUAUACUGGCAAAUGUUGUUAGACGAAUUUACGCAACCUUCGCCUUCAGUGGACACAGCGCCGGAGCCUUUAGCUCUGGAUACAAAACGUCGUUCCCGUAUAGGCCGGCAAACGCUGCGCAUUAUCACGGCAGGCGCUAUACUUCUGCAGUGCAAGAACAUACUGAAGCGUGAUGUCCGAGCUCCUUGGAGAACAGAGGCUGGCCGGAUAUUCACCGUUCUCGAGUCUAUAGACGACGAUACAAGACCGCUUCCCGAGUCGACGGCUAUUCAUGGUAUCAUGGCAGCGCUAGAAGCCGGGCGAUCGAUGCCAAUGGCUACAAAGACGCAUUUACAAGCACUCGUUACCAAGGUGCUUGGGGCUUUUGUAGAAGCCAAGCGAGACAACACAGAUCCAAGAGAACCCGUGCUGAAAUUGUUACUAACGCGGGUGAGGGGUCAUAUAUUAGCCAGGUUGCAAGCAGCUUCUGCAAGUGAGAAGGUGAAGGCUACAAGUACAGCUGGGGAGAAGCUCGCAAGUCUCGGACUGCCUGAAUUCGUGGAACGAGUGCGAGAAAUGGUGGAUGAAAUUGUCAAGGCAGGAGCUGUAGACCGAGAAGCCCAUGGAAUAUGGUGGGAGAUAGUAGCUGAGAAGGUGAACAAAGAAGAUUCUGUAGCGACAACUGCAGCGACAUGAAGGCGAAAGGGCAAUAACCAGCAGGAAUUGCAUAUUUCAACAUUGCGUUAGGCAUCGGGCAUACACUUUCGAGGGGCAAUGGGCCUUU